GUGUGUCCGCAGUCGGUCUUCUCUUCUCACUCUUUGCUCUGCUCAUCAUCAACAGUAUGUGACUCCAUCUGCUAGAGGAGGAGAGGAGAGGGAGCGUCUGCUUUCUGCCAACACAUCCGUGGUAAAUGAAGUACCUACUUGCUGGUGAAUGACAGGAUAAGUGGAGGAAACAAAAAACAGGAUAAGGAGAGAUGUAACAGGCAGACCACAUUCGUGCACUGUGUUACUACUGCUGACAUCAUCAUUUAUACAAACAUGGAGCGAUCUAUACAUCAGCACUUCUGUCACACAGUGUAUUUCAUUAAGGAACUUACUCUGUAGGCUACUCUCUGUAUUGCUCACCUGGGACCGUUUUGCUUUGGAGACAUAUCUCUGUGGAUUAUUGCCUGCUGCUGCACUCCAAAGCCUGAACAGAGAAGAAACAAGACACCACUCUGCUAUGUUGUUGUUGUGUUGCUUCACAUGAAACACCAAGAUGCACUUAGUGCAGAUUCGGACUUAUUUCCCAACACAUUCGCCCCACGCAUGUGGUUAGUUAAAUGUGAGAUGUCCAUGUCUCUGAUACGGAAACACACAGGAGGUCCCAGGAGAAGAUGGCAUUCUGGAGGAGAAACAAACCUGUUGAGAAAGAACGCCAUGUAAAAGCUAAUGCGCAGAUCUUCAAUGCCAAGUUCUGCUACGCCGACAAUCGCAUUAAAACCUCAAAGUACAGCAUCUUCACCUUCCUGCCCAUCAACUUGUUUGAGCAGCUCCAGAGGGUGGCUAACGCUUACUUCAUAGUGCUGCUGAUCCUGCAGGUAAUUCCAGCAAUAUCCUCUCUGUCCUGGUUCACAACCAUCGUGCCUUUGGUGUUUGUGCUCUUGAUUACGGCUGUCAAGGACGCCACCGAUGACUACUUCCGACAUACAAGCGACCAACAAGUCAACAACCGCCUGUCUCAGGUCCUCAUUACGGGAAGUUUGCAGAAUGAGAAAUGGAUGAACAUCCAAGUGGGCGACAUCAUCAGACUGGAGAAUAAUCAGUUUGUUGCAGCAGACAUCCUCCUCCUCUGCAGCAGUGAGCCCAAUGGACUGUGCUACAUUGAGACCGCAGAGCUAGAUGGUGAGACAAAUCUGAAAGUUCGUCAGGCCUUAGUCAUCACCUCAGAUUUGGGAGAGAUUUCAAAACUGAUGGAUUUUGAUGGAGAAGUCAUUUGUGAGCCACCCAACAACAAGCUGGAUACAUUCACUGGAACAUUAUACUGGAGAGACAAUAAAUACCCUCUGGAUAACGGGAAAAUGCUGCUUCGAGGUUGUGUACUCAGAAACACUGAGUGGUGUUUUGGAAUGGUUAUUUUUGCUGGGCCACAAACCAAACUGAUGCAGAACUGUGGAAGAACAACUUUCAAAAGAACAAGUAUUGACAAACUGAUGAACACCUUGGUUUUGUGGAUCUUUGCCUUCCUCAUAUGUAUGGGAGUUAUUUUGGCCAUUGGAAACACGAUCUGGGAAAGUCAGAUUGGCAUGAACUUCCAGGUGUUUUUGCAGGGGAAUGAGAGUCACAGCAGCGCUGUUUUCUCUGGCUUCCUCGCCUUCUGGUCCUACGUCAUCAUCCUCAACACCGUCGUGCCCAUCUCUCUCUAUGUCAGUGUGGAAGUUCUGCGGCUCGGUCACAGUUACUUCAUUAACUGGGACCAGAGGAUGUUCUGCAGACAGACAGACACUGCAGCCCAAGCUCGCACCACCACCCUGAACGAGGAGCUCGGCCAGGUGGAGUUCAUCUUCUCCGACAAGACCGGCACCCUCACCCAGAACAUCAUGGUGUUCAGGAAGUGCUCUAUCAAUGCAAAGACGUAUGGUGAUGUUUAUGAUGAAUUUGACCAGAAGGUGGAAAUCACAGAGAAAACCGCCAGUGUGGACUUUUCCUUCAACCCUCUCUGUGACAGAGGGUUCAAGUUUCACGAUGGCAGCCUGGUUGAAGCUGUAAAACUGGAGGAGCCAGUGGUUCAGGAUUUCUUCAGACUGCUGGCUCUGUGCCACACUGUGAUGCCAGAGGAGAAGAGUGAAGGGCAUCUGGUGUACCAGGCCCAGUCACCUGACGAGGGAGCGCUGGUCACCGCAGCAAGAAACUUUGGCUUUGUCCUCUGCACCAGGACUUCUGAGACCAUCACGCUGUGUGAGAUGGGACAAGUAGUCACCUACCAGCUGCUGGCCAUACUGGACUUCAACAACGUGCGCAAGAGAAUGAGUGUCAUUGUAAGAAACCCAAAAGGACAAAUUAAACUUUACUCCAAAGGAGCCGACACUGUUAUCUUUGAGCGCCUGGAUUCAUCCUGUCAUGACCUCAUGUACACGACCUCAGAGCAUCUCAGUGAAUUUGCUGGAGAAGGGCUUCGAACUUUAGCCUUGGCCUACAAAGACCUUGAUGAAAGUUAUUUUGAAGUCUGGACGAAGAAGCUUCUGUUUGUCAGCACUGAGAUCGAGAACCGUGAUGAUAAUCUGGCAGUUCUCUAUGAGGAGAUUGAACAAGACUUGAAGCUUCUCGGAGCUACAGCCAUCGAGGACAAACUACAAGAAGGAGUCCCAGAAACAAUCACCUGUCUGAAUCUAGCUGACAUCAAGAUCUGGGUCCUCACGGGUGACAAACUUGAGACUGCGAUGAACAUCGGCUAUUCCUGCAACAUGCUGCGAGACGACAUGAGCGAGGUGUUUGUCCUGUCGGGCCACACACUGCUGGAGGUGCAGCAGCAGCUCAGAAGCGCCAAGGAGCACAUUCUGGGCCUGAGUCGAGUUAGCAGCACAGGAGACGCUGACAAGUCAGAUAUGGACACAGAUGAUUCUGUGUUUGAAGAAACAAUCAUUGCAGAGUACGCCUUAGUCAUCAAUGGACACAGUUUGGCUCACGCCCUGGAGCCACAGUUGGAGCACAUUUUGUUGGACUUGGCCUGUUUGUGUAAAACAGUCAUCUGCUGCCGAGUCACACCGAUGCAGAAGGCUCAGGUUGUGGAGCUGGUGAAGAGGCACAAGAGGGCCGUCACCCUGGCCAUAGGAGAUGGAGCCAAUGACGUCAGCAUGAUCAAGACUGCUCACAUAGGUGUCGGCAUCAGUGGUCAGGAGGGGAUGCAGGCCGUCCUGGCCUCAGAUUAUUCCUUUGCUCAGUUUCGGUACCUUCAGCGCCUCCUGCUGGUGCAUGGACGCUGGUCCUACUUCCGCAUGUGUAACUUCCUGUGCUACUUCUUCUACAAGAACUUUGCCUUCACACUGGUACACUUCUGGUAUGGCUUCUUCUGUGGUUUCUCAGCUCAGACGGUGUAUGACCAGUGGUUCAUAACCCUCUUCAAUAUAAUCUAUACAUCUUUGCCAGUCCUGGCUAUGGGACUUUUUGAUCAGGAUGUGAAUGAACAGAACAGCCUCUGCUACCCGAGCCUGUACAGACUCGGCCAACAAAACCUUCUCUUCAACACGCGGCAGUUUUUCCUGUGCACACUGAAGGGGAUGAGCACAUCAUUCCUGCUCUUCUUUGUUCCCUGUGGAGCAUUCGCCGUCAUGGUGAGAGAGGACGGCUCCCACUUUUCUGACCAACAAGCUUUUGCUGUUACCAUAGCGACAUCCUUGGUUAUUGUUGUUACUGUUCAGAUUGGACUUGACACACACUACUGGACAGCUGUCAAUCAGCUCUUCAUAUGGGGGAGUCUCAUCGUGUACUUUGCCAUUUUAUUUGCAAUGCAAAGCAAUGGCAUGUUUGGCCUUUUCCCAAGCAGUUUCUCUUUCGUAGGCACGGCCCGCAACUGUCUACGAGAGAAGAGUGUGUGGCUGGUCAUUCUGCUCACCACCGUGGUGUGUGUUGUGCCUGGCUUAGCUGUCAGCUUCCUGAAAGCAGACCUCUUCCCAACUCUAACAGACAAGGUUCGUAACCUACAGCAGUCAAGAAAGAAGCAGGGGCCUGAGGGGCAGAACCUGAGGCGAGUACGCAGGACGAGCUCCCGUCGUUCAGCCUAUGCCUUCUCCCACCAACAGGGUUACGGAGAGCUGAUAACCUCAGGCAAAAACAUGAGGAUGAGCUCAGGGUCCUCUGCUCACUCUCCUGAAACGACACAACACAACUCCACCUGGAUAGAAAACAUGUUAAAGAGGACGAAUGAGGUCUCUUGCAUCUCUGAUGAAGGCACAGGAGAUUCAGAGGGCAACGACACAACGUCACAGACUCCAAAGCAACAAGUCACAGUCUGAGAUCAACCUCUGAUUUACACUGUACUGUAAACACUAUAGGAAAUCGCAGACACGGGUCCCAGAGAUCAUGCACAAGGUAUGAGUGUCCUUAUUUUGGGUAAAUGAAACCUCAGACCCAAAAACACAGAUGUACCUCAUUUGUAAUAGUGUAAUUAAUGUGGGUAAGCUGGAACGUUUAGAACCAAGUAAAACAGGAUUGUCUUGGGCAACCAUUUCCUUAAAUGGUACAAACAGUGCCUGUGUUGCCAAAGUUGCCAAAGACUUAUUUACCACCCAACAUUAAUUAACUGACCUACUUUUAUUCAUUCAAUAAUACCUGUCUUUUCUGAUUAUGAAAUAUUUCCGGCAGAUUUCAACCCAGUGUUAUGCAAAGUGUAAACCUAAUGCUCUGCUCCAGCACCAGUUGAAAAGGUUUAAUAGUUAGGUCUUUAAAAUGUGUAUAUGCAUUUAAACUUAAAUUAGAAACUUCAUAGCGGUACAUAACAGAAAAUAUAAUGCUAAGCACAACCAAAUAAUUGAUCUAAAUAUCUUUUUACAUUUUACUGGCUUUUUGUUUUGUCUAUAAAUUUGAGGAGUCAUUUGAACAAACAAGAAAGUACAAAUGUAACUUUGAGCUGUGCUGUACCUUGUUUGGUUGCACUUAAAGAUAACCUUUUUGAUAAGGUUUUGUUCUGUGUUGUCUGGUUCUUCGGCUGAACACACAAUAUUAACUCACAUAUCUGAAAUAAGCCUGCGACCCCUGCGAAAUCCUGUCAGAUCGAUAGGAUCCAGAAAGAUAAAGACCUGCUUGUUUGCCCGGGCAAUGGUUGAUGCUGUUCCAAUGACACAUGUCACGUCUGGAAAUAUGUUCGAUUUAUUUCUUCAUUUUUUUCCCCCCAUAGUAGUUAGAACGCUGAUAACAAAAAUAUUGAUAAAAGAUGAUGUGCA